CGAAACGUUGUGCUUCCCCGGCAGAUAUGCAGUAUGAUGAAGACGAUGAUGAAAUCACCCCCGACUUGUGGCAAGAAGCCUGCUGGAUUGUUAUUAGCUCCUAUUUUGAUGAAAAGGGUUUAGUCAGGCAACAGUUGGAUUCUUUUGAUGAGUUUAUUCAGAUGUCUGUGCAGAGAAUUGUUGAAGAUGCUCCACCAAUUGAUUUACAAGCUGAAGCCCAGCAUGCCACAGGAGAAGUGGAAGAGCCGCCCCGGUAUCUGCUGAAAUUUGAACAAAUCUAUCUCUCGAAACCUACACAUUGGGAAAGAGAUGGAGCACCCUCGCCUAUGAUGCCCAAUGAAGCCAGACUGAGAAACCUGACGUAUUCAGCCCCCUUGUAUGUGGAUAUAACUAAAACAGUUAUUAAAGAAGGGGAGGAUCAGUUACAGACACAGCAUCAAAAAACUUUUAUAGGAAAAAUUCCUAUUAUGUUACGUUCAACAUACUGUUUGUUGAAUGGCUUAACUGACCGUGAUCUUUGUGAACUGAAUGAAUGCCCGCUUGAUCCUGGUGGCUACUUUAUCAUUAAUGGAUCAGAAAAGGUUCUGAUUGCUCAAGAGAAAAUGGCUACAAACACAGUAUAUGUGUUUGCAAAGAAGGAUUCAAAAUAUGCCUACACAGGAGAGUGUAGAUCUUGCCUGGAAAAUUCCUCUCGACCAACAAGUACUAUAUGGGUUAGCAUGCUGGCCAGAGGUGGGCAGGGUGCGAAGAAGAGUGCUAUUGGUCAGCGCAUUGUAGCAACUUUGCCAUAUAUCAAACAAGAAGUCCCCAUCAUAAUUGUCUUUCGUGCGCUAGGCUUUGUGUCUGACAGGGACAUUUUAGAACACAUCAUAUAUGAUUUUGAAGAUCCAGAAAUGAUGGAAAUGGUCAAACCUUCUCUGGAUGAAGCGUUUGUCAUUCAGGAGCAAAAUGUUGCUCUAAACUUCAUUGGAUCAAGAGGUGCAAAGCCGGGUGUCACCAAAGAAAAGAGAAUCAAGUAUGCUAAAGAAGUCUUGCAGAAAGAAAUGCUCCCACAUGUUGGUGUCAGUGACUUCUGUGAAACCAAAAAGGCCUAUUUUCUAGGGUAUAUGGUUCAUAGAUUGUUGCUGGCAGCCCUGGGAAGAAGAGAGCUUGAUGACAGAGAUCAUUAUGGCAACAAAAGACUGGAUCUUGCUGGGCCACUGUUAGCUUUCCUGUUCAGAGGAAUGUUUAAGAACUUGCUGAAGGAAGUGAGAAUAUAUGCACAAAAGUUUAUUGACAGAGGGAAGGAUUUCAACCUGGAACUGGCAAUUAAAACAAGAAUUAUUUCAGAUGGUUUGAAGUAUUCAUUGGCAACUGGAAACUGGGGUGACCAGAAGAAAGCUCAUCAGGCCAGAGCAGGAGUAUCUCAGGUGUUAAACCGCCUGACUUUUGCAUCUACACUUUCCCAUCUGAGACGCCUGAAUUCUCCAAUUGGUAGAGAUGGUAAACUGGCAAAGCCCAGACAGCUGCACAAUACACUGUGGGGAAUGGUUUGCCCUGCGGAGACUCCAGAGGGUCAUGCAGUAGGACUUGUGAAGAACUUAGCCCUGAUGGCUUACAUUUCUGUGGGGUCCCAGCCAUCCCCAAUUUUGGAAUUCUUGGAAGAGUGGAGCAUGGAAAACCUGGAAGAAAUCUCUCCAGCAGCAAUAGCUGAUGCUACCAAGAUCUUUGUCAAUGGCUGCUGGGUAGGAAUACACAAAGAUCCAGAGCAGCUCAUGAAUACCCUAAGGAAGCUCCGUCGUCAGAUGGACAUCAUUGUAUCAGAGGUCUCGAUGAUUAGGGAUAUUCGUGAGCGAGAAAUCCGCAUCUAUACUGAUGCAGGCAGAAUUUGUCGACCCCUUUUAAUUGUGGAAAAACAGAAGUUGCUGUUGAAGAAAAGGCAUAUUGACCAACUGAAGGAACGAGAGUAUAACAAUUACAGUUGGCAGGAUCUCGUGGCCAGUGGUGUAGUAGAGUACAUUGACACACUGGAAGAAGAGACUGUGAUGCUGGCAAUGACUCCAGACGAUUUGCAAGAGAAAGGCGUGGCGUAUUGUUCAACAUACACGCACUGUGAGAUUCACCCAUCUAUGAUCCUGGGAGUAUGUGCGUCUAUUAUCCCUUUCCCUGAUCACAACCAGUCUCCCAGGAACACCUACCAGUCUGCUAUGGGUAAGCAGGCUAUGGGAGUUUACAUUACAAACUUUCAUGUUCGUAUGGAUACGCUGGCACAUGUGUUGUAUUAUCCUCAGAAGCCCCUCGUAACAACACGCUCCAUGGAGUACUUGCGAUUUAGAGAGUUACCAGCAGGUAUCAACUCGAUUGUAGCCAUUGCAUCAUACACAGGCUAUAACCAGGAAGACUCUGUCAUCAUGAACCGUUCUGCUGUUGACAGAGGCUUUUUCAGAUCUGUGUUCUAUCGCUCGUACAAAGAGCAAGAGUCUAAAAAAGGGUAUGACCAAGAGGAAGUUUUUGAAAAGCCUACACGUGAAACUUGCCAAGGUAUGAGACAUGCAAUCUAUGACAAACUUGAUGAUGAUGGUUUGAUAGCACCUGGGGUACGUGUGUCUGGGGAUGAUGUCAUCAUUGGCAAAACAGUAACGCUGCCAGAAAAUGAAGACGAACUGGAAAGCACUAACAGACGUUUCACAAAGAGAGACUGUAGCACUUUUCUGCGAACUAGUGAGACUGGUAUUGUAGAUCAGGUCAUGGUAACCCUUAAUCAGGAAGGAUACAAGUUCUGCAAGAUUAGGGUACGCUCUGUAAGAAUCCCACAAAUUGGAGAUAAAUUUGCCAGCAGACAUGGUCAGAAAGGAACCUGUGGUAUCCAGUACAGGCAAGAGGAUAUGCCCUUUACCUGUGAAGGCAUCACACCUGAUAUAAUUAUCAACCCCCAUGCUAUCCCUUCCCGCAUGACCAUUGGUCACUUGAUUGAGUGUCUUCAGGGGAAGGUGUCCGCAAACAAGGGAGAAAUUGGUGAUGCUACACCGUUUAAUGAUGCUGUCAAUGUGCAGAAGAUUUCCAAUCUUUUAUCAGAUUAUGGCUAUCAUCUAAGAGGAAAUGAGGUCCUCUACAAUGGCUUCACUGGUCGAAAAAUCACAUCACAGAUCUUCAUUGGUCCUACGUAUUACCAGCGGUUGAAGCACAUGGUAGAUGACAAAAUCCAUUCUCGUGCAAGAGGGCCAAUCCAGAUACUUAACAGACAGCCCAUGGAAGGUAGAUCUCGUGAUGGUGGCCUUCGUUUCGGAGAAAUGGAACGAGACUGCCAGAUUGCUCACGGAGCAGCCCAGUUCUUGAGAGAAAGAUUGUUUGAAGCUUCAGACCCAUAUCAGGUCCAUGUCUGUAACCUCUGUGGAAUCAUGGCGAUUGCAAACACAAGGACUCACACCUAUGAAUGCAGGGGAUGCCGUAAUAAAACUCAGAUAUCUUUGGUUCGGAUGCCCUAUGCCUGCAAACUCCUCUUCCAAGAACUGAUGUCUAUGAGUAUUGCACCUCGUAUGAUGAGUGUUUAGCCUUUAAAAGGAAGCUGUUGCCUCUCCUUUGGCAUUUGAUGCAUGACACUCAUAUUCUCCAGCAUCCUCCUUGCUCAGAGGAGAGAUCUAGAGGAAGAAACACACACACCCCCCAUCCCCCAGCUGGCUCGGAUUGCAGUGGCUCUCUCCAGUAAGGCUUGGGACAAGCACCCACUCCUGUGGAUCAGCCUAGCGUUCUCCCUCCCUGCCAGAUGUCCUUAGGAGGGGUCACGAUGGAGGGUCCUGCACAAAAAAGGGAGAAAUGCUUUUAAGCACCAGAUGACUGCAAGUCUAUCUCCUUGCUGGCCGUUUAAGUGGGGCCAGUCACUUCUGACGGGUUUUGAGGCUAAGGUGAAGGCAGCCCCUGCUUGGAGCAAAGCUUGCUGGACUGAUCCCACAUCACAGCACUUCCCUCUCCAAAGCUACACAUGCACCCGAUCUUAAGCUGUUCAGGCUGAUGGGCACUUGCCCCAAAUGGAAACUCAGGUGUUGAGCAGUUCAGGUGAUCAGCCCAUCUUCCUACAAGACUGAGGUCAGAGCCUGACCUUGAAGAGACCAAGGAGUUACAGAAGGAAGCUCCAAGACAUCCAGACCAAAGAAGAUGCUGGAUGCUAAGCCUGUUGAGAGGCUCCCACUCAAGACCUCAGCAGCCCAGUGACCCUGGAAAGGCUGCAAACGUGACCGCAGCUUUGCCCCAAGUCCUGGAGACUUGAUAUGGAGUCGGCGUGAGGCAGGUCCCCGGGCCACCUUCUGUUUGCCCCAGAUCUCCCUCCUGCUUCCCACCCCACCAGGAUCAGCAUGGAGCAGACUGGUACAGCUGGAAAUCCCACCCCUGCUGUUUUACCACGGUUUGGGAAAGCUGCCUUCAGAGACCUUGUGCAUGACCUUUAUAUGGCUACUUAUCGGUCCUCUGGAGCUACAUAGAGCUGGGAGGGAGAACAGGGUGGCACGGCAAAGAACAAAACCCCGAGCCCUCCCUCCCUCACCUGGCAUGCAGGAUGGGUCUGCCCUGGCCCUGGCAUCGUGCCAGAGAAAAGCCUGCACCUCUGCAAGCCUCUUGCCGAGCUCAGUGCUCUGCUGCAUCCAGCAGCAUCCUCAACGCAAUCCCAAUCUCAAAGCUGGGGUAAUGGGGAGGCCAAUGCGGCUGAGGCUGCUCUGAAGCUCAGCUGCAAGCUUAUAACCACGCUUGCCCCGGAAACCACCAAAUGGGGAAAGGGCAAGCCCUCGGAGCGGAGAGGACACUGCCCGUGCUAGCGGACUGCCACAAGCCAACCCCUCUCCUGCCUUUUUCCCCCAUCCUGCCCUCUUUUCCCACCUCCCUUUCCUUUUGCCAGUCUCUAAAGUAUGCUGUCCCUGGGAUCAAACAGGCAGUAGCUUUCUGUGAACACGCUUGCUGCUUCCCAGCCGUAUCCGGAUGCGUAUUUGGGUUUUUUUGUCCCAGACCUCCCGGACAAGCUCUAUCAAGAAACUUCUCCCAGCCAUCACCUCCCCUCUUCUCUUCGGGUGACCUUGGCUCAGUUUUACUAGGAAAACUGUCAUUAUGGCACAAGGAGGACCAUGAGCUAAAGCCUGGAAAGAAUGUGAAAAGCUUGCAGUGGGAAACACAGAAACAAGGCAUGGCAGCGCUUAUGCAUGGCAAAGCAAGUAGGGCUUUCAAAAGUCCGCCCUGAUUAGACUUGCUACGUGGUAAUCUCCUAUUUAGUAUGAACCUCAAUCAACCUCAGCCCAACAAAAGAUUAAACACAUUUUUUUUCUAAACACAGCAUGCCUUUCCAGCAACAGGAAAAACAAACGUGGGGAGGAAUUUGCUGAUCUGUUAGCAUUCCUUCCUAGUGAUUUUGGAUAUGCUAUGAAGAUUGAGAAUGAAGACACAGGUGAAACGUGGGAUCCUCUUGGGCAGUGGAGGUGUUUGCAUAGUCCCCAGCAUACGGGUGCUCUCCAAGACUCCGAGCUGCCGAGUAAUAUAUUAAACAGUUUCCCUAACAAGGUUUUAGUGCAGUAACCAUAAAAACUCAAGCUCCAAUGAACCAAAACCUUUUCAAAUAACUAAAAGCCUUUUAAGGAGGAAUUUAUGGCCUAACCUACAACAGUGGAAAAACCCCAAGUUACAGAUGAAUUUUAAAAAUACAAGCAUAAAGCUUCAGCCCUAGAAACUCUUGUCUCAAAAUCCCAAUGCACCACAUGCUGGAAAAGCAAGCACCACGCUGAAUCACAUCGCACCCCCUCACCACGCUCCACCUGAAAAGACCUCGCGGUACAAAACAAGAGGUGUAACCCCACCACGCGCCCGGGCAGCUCUGCUCUGCCACCGGCUCUUCUGAAUGCAGCACAAAAAUGCGGGCAAGAUCCGCCUGCACGUGCAACGCUCUCCUUUGCGGUGGGAGAAAGUGGGUAGCAAGGCCACUGCUGCAAGACCUCCACCCCUAGCUGAUGCAGAAACCCAAACCCGCUUCCCAGGAGAGUUCGGGAAUUUGGUUCAUUUCCAACCACAGAUGACUUAGCAAAACUAAAUCUCUCUUUCCCCAGCAAAGAAGAAAGCCCUCAUAAAAUGUGGAUAUUCUUUUAAGUCACUUAAAAUCUGGGAAAGAAGGAACGGGAGGAAAGAACUAAAGCAAUCUAAGCCAUGUGUUAACUACAAAGCACAAAUCCGGAGGAGUUUCUUGCAAAACUUGAUCAGAUAUGAACUAUGCUCUCUGGUGUCUAACAGAGUUGGGAGCUUUUGAAUUUAAGGCAGCUGUAUCAGGAGAAGGUGAGCCAAUGUCAGUGAUAAGAGCGGUCUGCCAUCUCCCAGAAGGUUUUCCCCCAAACCCCUGUUUCUGCUCUACUCUGGCAGUGGAUUAAAAAAACCCAAAAAAACC